AUGGGUAGUUGUAUUUCUUCCUCUUCACAAAAACAAACAAACCAGAAUGUUGGUGUUAGUUCUGCAACAUACUCUCAAACAACAAAUAAAACUGUUAAUAACCGUUUUCACGAAAAUACUAAUGUAGUCAGUUCUCCCAAGGAUAAUGCUAGAAAAGCAAAAGUUGUUAAAAGACCAAAGAAAAUUCAUAAAGGUCUCAUUGGUCUUCCUUCCAACUUUCAACAUACUGGUCAUAUCGGUAUCGCCGAACUGCGUAGCGGUAAAGUUGAUCCUGAAAAAAUUAAAAGUCAAAUGGCUGAAGUUGCAGCCGCUCUUAGUUUAGAAGGUUUGAAUAUGGGAUCGUCAAUUCCAACACCAGCUACUAAUAACAAUAAACAAAGAAUUUCCUUAUUGACAUCUAUAUCAACACCUUCUGAACAACAAAAUGUUACCAAUAAUAAUUCUAAAAAUGUUAAUAGUAGUAACAGUCCAACUUUUUCUCAAAACGAUCCCCAAAACGAUCCACAAUUUAAAGUUAAGAGAAAACCCACUUUAACUUCGAUUUCUUCACCGGUGCCUCGGCCAUCAUCGCCUCCAUUAAGUCCUAUAGUCGAUCCAAUGGCUGAAAUUGUAGCUGCAUUGAAAAUGCCAAUUGAUGGAAAUUUUGAUAAACAAAAUGAUCAAAAAUUGGUUGUUUAA